AUGAGCAGUUUGAGUUUAACACAAUUUUUGGUCUUUUUGGGCCUAUUGAUUUUGGUUUGUGCCAAAAAAUUCAGUGAUGUUGGUGAACAGCGUGCCCUCCUGGGUGUACGCCAGCAACCCGCUGUAGUUUUACCCACGCCACAAUGUGUUUGCCAACCGGGGCCACCAGGACCUCCCGGUCCUCCUGGCAGUGUUGGUCCCCAGGGUCAGAAAGGUGACAAAGGUCCCGAAGGUUUACCCGGACGUCAUGGUCCUCCCGGCCCUAAGGGUCAACGUGGUUCUUCCGGUCGUACUGGCAUUCCUGGUCCCAUUGGUCCACCUGGUCGUCGCGGAAGACGUGGUUAUCCCGGUGAACGUGGUCCUGCUGGUCCACCAGGACCACCCGGUCCCGCCGGCCCUGCUGGUCCUCCAGGUGCUGCAGCUGCUGCUCGUUCCCUGGAUGGUGGAUUUGGUUUGACUGCACGUGAAUAUGAUGUCAAUGUGGCACCCUAUGAACAUGAUGACGAAUCCGAUGAAGAUGAUUAUGAUGACGAGGAUGAUGAACGUAAGAAGAAAUAA